ACAAAGAGGAAAAGUUUCUUUAAAGUAUCACGUAUUUACACCAAAAUGGAUAUUAAGCUGUUCUCUAUGAUUUUCAUUCUGUGUUUUGUAGAAAUUUCUACUAUUUUUGUUUCUGAAGAAACAUUUCAAAGAAAAUUUAAGACUUUAAAAUAUCGCCUUGACAAUGUAACUUUGCAGGUGUCUAAUUUCCAAAACUAUAAUGCAGAUAUAUUGAACCGCUUAGAAACAUGCAAUAAUUUCGUAUGGAAUAUAAGCCAAAUUCUAUUUCCAACAGUGAAGCAAUGCCAGGAAGUGUCAAACAAAUUGAUAGAAAAAACUGACAGUUUAACACAGAAGUAUGAAAGCUUAUUGAAAAAGUAUGAGGCAUUGGAAAAAGAGAUCAGCAAACUAAAACAAUGUUCACCUGGCUGGUUACCUUAUAUGAACUCCUGCUAUAUAUUGAAGAAAGAAGCAGUAGAUUGGUUCCAAGCUCGAAAGUGGUGUAGAAAUAACCAAGCAAAACUUGUGGAGUACAGUGACAUGGAUGAAGUAACCUUUGUUUUAUCAACAGCUAAAGCUUAUCAUUACUGGGGUACUGGUGAUUGGGCCGGAUUCUGGGUAGGAGCUAAUGAUCAACAGAAAGAGGGAGUUUUCAAAUGGACUUCAAGUAACAUCAACUUACACUGGAGGUACUGGUUACCAGGGCAACCAGACAGUAUUUCUGUUGAUGAAGACUGCAUAAUGACACUGGUGAAUCAACAAGGCAAAUGGAAUGAUGAUUCAUGUGACAGGAAACUACCCUUUGUGUGUGAAAAGUACAUGUAGGGAGGAUGUACACCAAUACUCAAACAUUCACAUUUGAAUUAAGGAUUUAAAUAAACAAUAAACAUUUGAACAGUAAAUCUCUCUAUACUGUGUAUAACUUUUUAUUUUUUGUUUGUUUGUUUCAUUUUACGCCUUUUCCCAACAGUAUUUCAGUCAUAUAGGCGGGUAGUUUCCUAACCAUCGUUCCUGGAGAGUUACACCUGUACUAGACUACCUUCAUCUGCGCUAAACUACCAAAGCAUCUCCUGGGGAUCGAACCCACGCCAGAGAGGUAACCGAAUUAGAAGUCAUUGACUCUAACCCCUCGACCACGUAGUAACUUUUUAAGUAAACACUCUAAAACUAAAAAUCAUAUAUACAUGCAAAUCCACCUCAAAGGAAUUUCUAAAUUUCUUAAAUCAAAUUGUAUCAAAAAGUCAUACAUGUGUUGGAAUUUAAAUAUUGCUAAAUUAUACAAAAACGUAGCUUUUGCAAGAGAAAAAUGAACAUUCAAUGAACAAAUCUACAACUACAUAUACAAUAUACACAUGUACAAAAAUAUUUUCCAAUUUCUGAUUUUGUUCAGUCCAUUUUCUGAUAAAUUGUGGAAAAUGAUUUUCUUGAGAAAGUAAAGUAUGUUUUAACGUGUCCCCUUGAAUCUGCAAGAUGCCUGUGUUUUAUCUAUUGACAACAUUUAAAGGGUUUUAAGCUAUAUUUAAAGAUGUUUUGUCAUAAAAUUUUUAACAAUAUAUUUGUGUUUUUAACAUAAUCUUAUGGUUGAUUCUUGAAAAGUGAUGUCAAAUCCUUGUCAGAAAAAAAUAGAGGUAAAAAUUUAAAAUCACAAUUUUUAAUUACAAAUUGUAAUUAAAACAGAAAAUAUCAAAUUAACUUAUAAAUAAAAGAUUAAUACCUCUAUCAAAAAUUCUAUAUAGACACAGUGUAACAUUACUAACUUUUGGUAAAAGUCACUGGCACACCUCUAAAUAUGAAACUAACUACACAAAAGACUGAAAAAAUAAAUUAAUCAAAAUUACCUUCAAUAAGAAGAGUGCAGAGAUCUAGCACCAAACUAUCAGAGGGAGAUAACUUGGCAAUAGUCUGAAAUAGAAAUAUUUUUACAAUAUACAAAAUGUAGUAUAAAUAAUUGUAAAUCUGCAGUUGUAACUAUUUCAUGUAGCAAAGCUUAAUUUAAAGUUAUAGCUUAUUUUUGUCAUAAAGGAUAAUAACUUUUAUUAUAUACCUAUUUUAUAAAUGUUCUCCCUAAAAUACACGCAAAUCUUGUAGCGUGAACACGCUUCAACGAAUAAAAAAAUUCAAAUUAUGUUAGAGACAAAUACAAUACCAUAUAUUGAAGUGCCAGACUAUUUUAGUUCCCAUCUUAGUUGUGUAUUACGUAGCAUUUGAAAAAAAUGAGAACCAAAAUUAUUAAAGGCAAAAAAUUACGUUUUCUUCUGCCAUUUGUAAUUCUAUUUAUUGACAGCUAUAUUUCAGUUUCUGAAAUAACUAAUAGAAGUUAAGAAUUUUGAAACUUGUUUUGUCUUAAAAUGUAUAGGUAUAUAAUGAAAGGAUAAUUAUGUUGUAGCAGCUUUCUGAGGCCAUGUAUUUUGCUAUGAGCCUUGGGUCUCGUGAGAUAUCAAUAUUUCAAUGUUGCUAGUAGCAAAAUACAAAUCUUUAGAAAGCUGCUAUAACAUAAUAUUCUAUAAUUUCAUUUAUCAUUGUACAUGCAUAGUUUUCUUGUUAUAAAUCAUUGUAAAUCUAUAGUUUUAUCACUUUCUUUCAUAAUUGUGAAUCAGCGUAUUUUUACGCUUAUCAUAUGAUAUCUUUGUCAUAACAAUAUUUUAUCUUUUUACUUGAAAAUCAGCUUUUGUAUGCUUACUUACAUGCUUUACCACUCUCUGUAAAACAAUUAAUAAAAUGUAUCUUUCUGA